GCCGUGACAGCCGCCCAGCAGUCCCUUUUCCUCUCUCUAGGAACACAUUUUGGAAGACUUUACGCUCGGUUUCCUGACGCAGUACUCUCUCUCUCUCUCUGCCUUAAACGCGCUUUUGUGAAUCACAAGAGCUGCGGCGCAAAAAGACAUUGCUGUAAUCAGGGUUUGGAUAUGUGAUGUCCGUAGGAAUUGGAACUGCACCCAUCCUGGACUUUUAAACAGACCCAAAAUGUAAUGACCUGGAGGGACCCCCUGUUGGAGAUAGGUAUGUGGACUGCCCUGUGAGGAAACUGCACAACCAGGAUCCAGAAGAAAGUCAACACACAUUAACCACUUUGCCUAUGACCUGUUGUUCUCCAAAGCCCCUCGUGCGACGAUUGAUUCAACCUGCCAUGGAUCGCCUGUGUCCGGUGGAAGGCGCGUGCCGGACGCAGGCCCUUGUCGGCAGACUGUAGCCCCUCCCUGAUUGUCGGACUGUGAUUUUGAUCUUGGAAUUAUUACCUAUUUGGACAAGGGAUGGAUGGAGCAGAAGCCAGCAAGCAUGGCAAGAAGUCUACAGGUCAAAAGCUGGAGGACCAGAAAAAGAUUUACACAGACUGGGCCAAUCACUACUUGGCCAAGUCUGGCUGUCCACGGCUCAUCAAGGACCUGAGCCAGGACGUCACUGAUGGAGUCCUGCUGGCACAGAUCAUCCAGAUAAUAGCGAAUGAGAAGGUGGAGGACAUCAACGGCAGCCCCCGCAGUCAGACACAAAUGAUUGAGAAUGUGGAUGCAUGCCUCAGUUUCCUGGAUGCCAGAGGAGUGAAUGUACAAGGGCUCUCAGCAGAAGAGAUCAGGAAUGGCAACCUAAAGAGCAUACUCGGUCUCUUUUUCAUCCUGUCCCGCUACAAGCAGCAGCAGCAGCAACAGCAGCAGUACUACCAGUCGCUGGUGGAGCUCAGCCAGCAGACCAGCAGCACGGCAACAUCUGCCAGCAGCCUCAAGUCGCAAGAGAUGCAGUCCAGUCUCACGGCGCGAUAUGCAAGUCCUCCAGGCCAUACUGGAAUAGGAUCCUCACAGAAGAAAAAUACAAGGUUACCAGGACCCUCCAGGGUACCUGCUGCAGGCAGCGGGGCCUCCAGGAGUCCGGGAUCAUCCAAUCUGAACCGCCGCAGCCAGAGCUUCAACAGCAUCGACAAGAGCAAACCUCUACAGUAUGCCAGCGGCAACGACAGAGAGGCGAUGAGGAGCAUCCCAGUACCUGGCGGAAUGAAUGGAAGCGGUCUAGGUGGGACUGUUCCCACCAGCCUAAGUGGGCAGCAGCUGGCCUCUGCCAUUCCCUCCCCUGCCACUAGCAAGUCUUGGCGCAGCAAGUCUAUGAACCUCAAGCACAGUGCCACUUCAUCCAUGCUGGCCAGCCCCACGCAUUCACCUUCUCCAUCACCUUCACCAAAUAUCCAAGAGGGCAUCCAAGCACAUGGUAAUGAUGGGUCCAAAGUAGGUGGGCCCCAGAGAUCCAUGCUGGAGAAGUUCCGUCUCAUUAACCCUCGAUCAGCCUCCCGAGUAUCACCAUCUAUGGCUGAAAUGGCUCUGCAGGAGGAGGAUGACCUUUCAGAGUAUGGUGAAGAUGGACUUACGCCCACAGGGUCUGUAGGCAGCAGCAGCAGUAGCAGCGCUACAGCCAAACUGAUGCCCUCUAAGAGCACCACAUCAUCGCUGACUGCAACCAGCAAGACAUCAUCUUCAUCCCCUUCAUUUUCAAAGGGUUCUGCCAAUGCUAGCAGGUCAGCAGGCACAUCCAAAGACAAGGAUGACAAAAGCAAGUCUGGGAGCAAGCUCCAAUCCAAAGAGGAGCGGGAGUCUUUUGCAGACUCUACAAAGAAGACCUCUAAAAUUGCCAGCCUUGUACCGAAAGGAGCCAAGCAAGGAAAGAAAGACGCUACAGCCUCCACGGGUUCUAGUGGCAUCCCCAAGCCAGGACUUAAAGCCCCCUCUACAGCCGUGGCAAAGCCUCAGGGUCAGUCCCAAAGCCAGGCGGUCUUAAACAGCACUGCAAAUCUGCGGGGAGGCGAGGGGGAGAGAGCCAAGAUGGCAAAAGGUGGGCAAGGUUUCUUGCAGCGCUCCAGCGGAGGUCCAGAGGGCAAAAGAACUAGCAUGACCUCCUCCACCAGCACCUCAGCCCUGUCUGGUUCCAAUGGAAUGCUGGCAGGAGGUGGAGCACUUGGGGGGAAUGGUGUAGUUCAACUCCCACAGCAGCAACAGCACAACCACCCCAAUACUGCCACCGUGGCUCCCUUCAUGUACAGGACAUUCUCAGAGAAUGAUUGCACCAUGGUGGCCCCGGCCGACCCCUGCCUCAGCCCCACCAAGGGUGAGCUGGUCUACAGCAAGACAGCCAAACAGUGCCUGGAGGAGAUAUCAGGAGAGGACCCCGAGACGAGACGGAUGAGGACAGUAAAGAACAUCGCUGACCUGCGGCAGAACCUGGAAGAAACCAUGUCCAGUCUAAGGGGGGGACAAAUCAGCCACAGCACACUGGAGACAACCUUCGACACAACUGUAACCACAGAGGUCAAUGGGCGGAGUCUUCCUGCCCUCACCACACGCUCCUCCCCCAUGGCCUGGCGCCUGGGUCAAACGCAAACGCCGCGUCUCCAGGCGGGCGACGCCCCCUCUUUGCCCGGCAGCUAUGCUGCGCCUCGGGCGGCUACAGCGGGCGCCGGCACCACCACAGCGGGGCGCUACAGCGGGCACUCUGAUCCCUCCAGGUUUGUGUACAGCGCCCCCCUGAGACGAGCGGUGGCGGCGGCAGGGGCACGGGGGGUGGAGCAGGGUGAGAGGGGGGGAGGAAGCGGAGGAGGGCUGGAAGGCGGGACGCAGAUGGAGAUGGCGGGGUACAUGAGUGAUGGGGACAUCCUGGGGAAGAACGGACGGAUGGAUGAUAUCACCAGCGGAUAUCUAACAGAUGGAGGUCUGCAUUUGUAUGCACGGAACACCGGCCGAGCAUCAGACUCGACUUCUUCUCGAGAAACAUCCCACAGAGGAAGCAAAGAGAUACAGGGGGACAUAGACAGCUGGGACGACAGCAGCUCGGUGAGCAGCGGCCUGAGCGACACCUUGGACAACAUCAGCACCGAUGAUCUGAACACGCCCGCCUACUCCUCCGUCAGCUCGUCACGCAAAAGCAAGGGCACCCAGUCGCAGAGAGGAAGUAAGUCCAAGCAUGCAGAGCUGGAGGUGAGCAGUAGCUGGGCAGGAGCCGAGGACCUGAAGAAGGUGGACGAGGAAAUCGACGCAAACAUGGACCCUAACGCCGCCUCCUCUCGCUGGAAGCCUUCCUCAUCCUCAUCGUCCUCCCAAGCCCAAAGCCAGUAUGAGGAGGCGGGUCAGAAGGCCACAGCGCUGGCCCAAAUAUCCCAGACUGGGUCACUGAGAAGGGGCAUGACAGCCCAGGUGGGCAUCACACCACCCAGGACGAAGGGUACCUCUGCCUCCCUAAAAACACCCGGCAAGACUGACGAUGCCAAGGCUUCGGAGAAAGGCAAGGUGCCCUCCAAGAGUGCAUCUGGCAUCCAGCGCUCCCCCUCAGAUGCUGGUAAGAGCAGUGGAGACGAAGGCAAGAAACCCCCCUCUGGCAUUGGACGCCCACCCACCACGGGUUCUUUUGGGUACAAGAAGAUCCCUGGUCCCACUGGGACUCUAAUCACCUCCAGUGGUGCCACACUCUCCAGUGGUUCAGCUACACUGGGCAAGGCACCUAAAUCCUCAGCUGCGCUGGGCAAAAGCGCAGGCAUCAGUGGCGUGCGGAAGACCAGCCUGGAUGGCUCACAGCCUCAAGACGACGGCAUUCUGCUCACCUGCGGGAGCUCCAAAGUGCCCCUCCAGUACCGCUCUCUACCUAGACCAGCUAAAUCCUCCAGUGGAGUAGCUGCAGGGCGCAGCGGACACCGCUCUAGCUCCAGCAGCAUCGACUCCAACGUCAGCGGGAAAUCGGUUGGCGGAGGCGCGGGAGCUGGAGCCAAGCGUAGGGACGGGGGAAAGGUGGGCUCCAGUGACCGCUCCAGUCCCAUCAACAUGAACCAGACGGACAAGGAGAAAGUAACGGUAACAGAGCAAGAUCCAGGACUGUCUACGUCGCCCAAGUCCAGCCCUACGUCCUCUUCAGCGGGGCAGACGGGCCUCAGGCAGCCUGGCUCCAAAUACCCUGACAUUGCCUCUCCUACCUUUCGCAGAUUAUUUGGCACCAAAGCCAACAGCAAGGCCAGCUCCCCGGGCACGCCUGACUCUGGCAAGUGCCCCUCAAUCCUGGGCAGCCCGCACGGUACACUGGCGAGGCAAGCCAGUCUGGAAUCGCCCUCCUCUGGCACAGGGAGUCUGGGCAGUGCUAGUGGCUUGAGCGGCGGCAGCAGCCCUCUGUACGGUAAAACCCCUGACCUGUGCACCGACUCCCCGGCUUCCAGCCCGGCCUCUGGCCUCUCUCUGCCUUCCAACGCUCGGCCCUGGCCUGCCUGUAGUUCGUCAGCUGGCAGCAAGGACACACUGAGCUGCCAAAGCAUGACCAGUCUGCACACAAGCUCUGAGUCCAUUGAUCUGCCUCUGGGCCACCACGGGCCCAAGGUCACAAGAACUGGCAGUGUCAAGUCCACCCUGUCUGAGGGCAUGCCUCUUGACAGAAACACGCUCCCCAAAAAGAGACUGAGGUACCCUCCAUCAGCUCGGCAGACGUCCCACGAAGAAGGAAUGGAAUGGCUCAGGUCCCAUUCAACAGGGGGGCUUCAGGACACAGGCAGCCCAAUGUCUCCCCCUGGAGCCUCUUGUACCACCGCUGGAAAAUACCAUUACUCCAACCUAUUGAGCCCUACUAACAUCAGCCAGUACAACCUACCGCCAGGCAGCAGCAACAUGAGCCGCUCCAACAGCAUCCCCGCCCAGGACUCCUUUGACCUGUACGGUGAUGGGCACCCACUGGGGGGCAGCGCCACCUCCCUGGAGGAUCGACCGCGGGCCAUCAGUCGCUCUGGCUCCUUCAGGGACAGUACUGAUGAAGUCCAUGGCUCUUCAUUGUCUCUGGUGUCCAGCACGUCUUCACUGUACUCUGCAACAGAGGAGAAGGCCCACUCAGAGGGCCAAACAGUCCAAAACUCCACGCAAAUCAGGAAGCUUCGCCGGGAACUGGAUGCGUCUCAGGAGAAGGUCGCGACCCUGACGUCCCAACUGUCUGCCAAUGCUCACCUGGUGGCCGCCUUUGAGAAGAGCCUGAGCAACAUGACAUGUCGCCUGCAGAGCCUCACCAUGACUGCUGAGCAGAAGGAGUCUGAAUUGGUUGAGCUGAGGGAGACAAUAGAGACGCUGAAGACCCAGAAUACUGAUGCUCAGACGGCCAUACAGGUGGCACUCAACGGCCCGGACCACCUCCAUAAAGAUCUGCGCAUAAGACGGCAGCACUCAUCAGAAAGUAUGUCAAGCAUCAACAGUGCAGCCAGUCACUCCAGCAUGGGCAGCAUGGGCAAAGAUACUGAGGACAAGAACAAGAAGAAGAAGAAGAGCUGGGUGGCUGAUUCCAUCCCGGCUCAGCUACGCAGCUCCUUCAAGCACGCCUUCAGCAAGAAGAAAACCAAGUCGCAGUCGGCCCACGACGAGAUGGAAGAGAUGACCGACUCGUUACCGUCCUCGCCCAAAUUGCAGCACGACAACAGGCAGGGCAGCAUCGCCACGCUGCGCUCUUCACCCUCCACCACAGAGCUAUGCGAGUGCACCGAGGCCGAGGCCGAAAUCAUCCUCCAGCUCAAGAACGAGCUGAGGGAGAAGGAGCUCAAGCUGACGGACAUCCGCCUGGAGGCGCUAAGCUCCGCCCACCACCUGGACCAGAUCCGGGAGGCUAUGAAUCGCAUGCAGAAUGAGAUCGAGACAUUAAAAGCAGAGAACGACCGCCUCAAGUCCAGCAGCAACGCCACACCGACAGCCACGCCCGUCAAGACGGCCCGGCCGCCCUCGGAGACCUCCAGCACGUCCUCAUCCUCCUCGCGUCAGUCCUUGGGCUUGUCUCUCAACAACCUCAACAUCACCGACACCAUCAUGUCAGAUAUUCUGCUUGACGACAGCUAUGAGGGCAACCUGCGCAAGGAAGGUCGGAGUGUGCGGAUUGUGGUUAACAUCAGCAGUGGACCAAGUACAACCAAGGGCACACAAAUGCAAGAGUACCUGAUUGGCUCAAUAGGUGUGAGUGGGAAAACCAAGUGGGACGUCCUGGAUGGGGUGAUUAGACGCCUUUUUAAGGAGUAUGUGUUUCGGGUGGACCCGGUGACCAGUCUCGGUCUGAGCUCGGACAGCAUCGUCUGCUACAGGAUGGGCGAAGUGGUCCGCGCCCACUCCUCCGAAGUGCCUGAACUGCUGCCCUGCGGCUACCUGGUGGGCGACAACAACGUCAUCAAUAUUAACCUCAAAGGCGUGAAGGACAACAGCAUAGACAGUCUGGUGUUUGACACGCUCAUCCCCAAGCCCAUCAUCCAGCGGUACCUCAACCUGUUGAUGGAGCAUCGGCGGAUCAUCCUCUCAGGACCAAGCGGUACCGGCAAGUCCUUUCUGGCUGCAAAGCUGGCCGAGUUCAUCAUUUCCCAAAUGGGCCAGGAGGUGACUGAGCACAAUGUGGCCAGCUUCAACGUGGACCAAAAUUCCAGCAAGGAUCUUCGUCAGUACCUGUCCAACCUUGCCGAGCGAUGUAACUCCGAGGGGACGGACACAAAACUCCCCACCGUGGUUAUUCUGGACAACCUCCAUCAUGUUAGCUCACUCAGCGACAUAUUCAAUGGCUUCCUCAACUGCAAGUAUCAUAAAUGCCCCUAUGUCAUUGGGACCAUGAACCAGGGGGUCUCCUCCUCUCCCAACCUGGAGCUCCAUCACAACUUCAGGUGGGUGCUGUGCACCAACCACACGGAGCCCGUGAAAGGCUUCCUGGGUCGUUUCCAGCGGAGGAAGCUGAUCGAGACGGAGAUCACCAAAAACAUGCGCAGCAAUGACUUGAUUAAGAUCAUCGACUGGAUUCCAAAGACGUGGCAGCACCUCAACAACUUCCUGGAGGCGCACAGCUCCUCUGAUGUCACCAUAGGUCCCCGUCUGUUCCUGUCCUGUCCCAUGGAUGUGGAGGGAUCCAGAGUGUGGUUCACUGACCUGUGGAACUACUCCCUCGUGCCCUACCUGCUGGAGGCUGUCAGAGAAGGACUUCAGCUGUAUGGCAAAAGGGCCACAUGGGAAGAUCCAUGCAAGUGGGUGAGCGACACAUACCCAUGGAACGCAGCUUCCCUGCAGCAGGAAGGCCAAUCGCUGCUCCAGCUGAGGCCUGAGGACGUGGGCUACGACGGUUACAGCUCGUCCAAGGAGGGGGCCUCGUCCAAGCAGGUGUCCCAGAGCGACACGGAGGGUGACCCCCUGAUGAACAUGCUGCUGAGGCUGCAGGAGGCAGCCAACUAUUCCAGCACGCAGAGCUGCGACAGCGACAGCACCAGUCACCAUGACGACCAGCUGGACUCCUCGCUGGAGUCUGCGUUAUGAGAUUCACGUUUGGUCCUGCACACCUUUAGUGCAUAUAUGAGCGGUUGUAUGAUCCAAAGUCAGAAGUGAUGAUAUCAAGUAAAAGAAUUUGAAGGGCAAAACAUCAACUAUCCUGCUAGAAGUUUGUUGAGAAUUCCCAGAUUUGGAAUACAACUUUUCAUAUAAGUGCACACAGGGACGUCCAGUUUUGGAGGUUAGCAUCACGGAGCUGGAUUUUUUUUUUUUUUUUUUAGUUUAUCACAGAUGUUUACAAUACGUGGGAAAGAGGAGGGCAGGUACUAUUGUUUUUGUAUUUCCUUGUUUACAGAGGUGCUUCUCAGACUCACACAGAUGCACUUAUAAAGACAGAGAGGUAUUCAUUGGUCCAAACACCCCAUGUGACCAACAAUGUAGCCUUCCAAAGGGCCCUUGAGCAGGGCAUGAUAGCUGCUGGCCUCUAUGUGAUUGGCAAGCAGACAUAAGAGAAUUGAAUGAAUAUUUAUAGUAAGACACAUGCAGGUGAGCCCCGGGGUGCUGGUCUUCCACCCUGACACGCCCCCUCCCUGCCCUGCAUGUCAGCAGCCAUCAGACGAAGCGUGCAUUGUCAGCCACAUUAACGUUACUGUGAACAAAAUGGAUAAGUGCCAACGUUUGCCCAUUUGUGUUACUGCCAAAAAGUGCGCGCGCUUGACGUACUUAACACAACGCCGCGGUGGAUCAAGUUGGGUCCCGCAAGGAGCUGGACUGCACAAUAAACAGGCAGGCAGCGCCCUCCUGUGGCCGUCUGCCCAUAUUAACAAUUGGCGCAACUGCAGCUCAUCAACAAUACAGUCUUUCUAGGCGCAAAACGACAUAUGCAUCGAUCCGUAAAGUAAUCUGGAUGGAAAAACACUUUAACAAGGGAACAGUGAUAUUGGUGCUUUCUCGUUGCCUUAAAUGUGCAAAAAGUUUGCUUCCAUUUAAUAAGAAGAGGCUGACAUGGAUGAUGACGACGAUGAUGCUUUGCUUCCUUGCUUUGUCAAAACCAGCCUCUUCCAUUUCUUAUCACUCCUAGUAUAAAGUGCAAAAUGAAGAGUUCAUGUAUAUGAAUUCGAAACAGACCAAUAUUGUACUAUAUAUAUAUAUAUAUAUAUAUAUAUAUA